UAAACUUUCAGGUGUUCGGACACACGUAGUUUUUAUAUUACCAGCAUACUUUAGUUUUCUUUCUUUCUUUCGGCUGAAUAUUAACCUGUACCAAUUUCAUAAAACCAAAUUAAUAAGUUCUUCUAAAUAUUAUUAACGACAAAUUUGAGAAAAUGGCUUUUUUAAGAAAUAAGCCAUCUUUGAUAAACCAAUUUAUUUCGAUUAGGACAUGCACUCUUAACAUGUUUUGGUAUCGUAAUAAGUCAUUCCGCCAAAUAUUACCAAAAUUUCCAUAUCCAAAUGCUGAAUCAAUACCCCGGCAUCAAUUAGUGAAGCCUCGACCUCCGCCAAUUUAUCCGGAUACUCUGGCGAACAUUGUGACCAGUAAAAUUGUAAAGCCCCUAUCAACAAAGCCGUUGCCAACGCCCAAAGUAUAUGUUGAAUUUUUACGUGAUGACGAUAUGGAUGACGAGGACGAGGCAAUCGUAAAGUGGAUAAAGACUAAAAAUCCAGCGGUCUUGAAACAGGUGUCGAAGCUGAUCCCGGAUAUUAAAGAAGCAGCCAAGCCCUCGAUGACAAUUUCAGAGAUUCCCGCAGCAAGCUCCAGCGCCAAGUGCAGGCCAGAAAUUAAAGCAGCUAGCAGCACAAUAUGCCUCGGAGGCAGCAGCAGCAUCAACAGCAACAAAAACAACAACAACAACAACAACAACAACAACAGCAGCAGUAGCAGCAAGAGCAGCAGCAACAACAACAGCAGCAGCAACAACAACAGCAGCAGCAGCAACAACAUCAGCAGUAGCAGCAAGAGCAGCAGCACCAACAACAUCAGCAGUAGCAGCAACAACAGCAGCAAGAGCAGCAGCAGCAACAACAGCAGCAAGAGCAGCAGCAACAUUAGCAACGUUGGCAGUAGCAGCAAGAGCAGCAGCAACAUCGGCAAGAGCAGCAGCAACAUCAGCAGCAGCAGCGGUAGCAGCGGUAGCAGUAGCAGCAGCAACAGUAACAGUAACAGCUCAACCAAGAAUCCAGUUAGGUGGGAUCAGGAGCAGCAGCAGCAAUUGCAUCAAUUGCAGCAGCAGCAAUUGCAUCAAUUGCAGCAGCACCAGCAGAAUCAUCUGCUGCGGCAGCAGUAUCAGCUGCAACAGCAGCAACAGCAACAAUAUAAAUUGCAGCAACAGCAGCAUCAACCGAGGCAGCUGCACCAACAACAACAACAACAGCAGCAGCAGCAGCAGGAUGAAGAGGAUGAGGAUGAGCGCGACCACGGGCAGCAACAGCAGCAGCAGCAGCUGAAGGCGCAGGAGCAGGAGCCUCAUCAACAUUAUGUAGAGAAAGAACUACGUCAACGACGGCCAGAGGAAACGUAUUUCGAGAGGGUAUUUAAAAUUCAGCACGAAAACAUGCAGAGAAUCCAGGAGAACGACAAAAGAAUCAAGAUGCAUAUGGACAAUGUGAAAAUACAAAAGCGGAUACACAAGCUAAUGCAGUUACAACAGCAGCUCGAAGAAAUGGAGCCCAUCCCCUAUACUCCGCAUAAGCCUAGAAACUAUCAGUUUGCUCACACUAGGAAUGAUCGAAUAGGUUCGCAGUACAUCGAUGAGCUGCGCCCGAUGAGCACAGCCAGCUAUACACAUCCCGUAUAUUGUGCGCGCUUCAAGCAUACACUAUCCGAUUUUGAGCCAUAUACCCCAGCGCACGCGGACUCCGACAAUGGGGAUAUGAUUGCCAAGAAUUACAGCAAAUCUGUGGUCGACGUACGUCGGAAUAGAGAUGUCCAUCAAGAGCUAAACUCGGCUGUUAGAGAAACGAACAGGGAGUCUGCCAUGUAUAAAUUAUGUAAAGGACUCUUGGAGGUCAGAAAUAAGAGUACCAAGUAUUAAUGGCACUCUACCCCCGACUAGCGAUUUUAUAUGUCUCGUCUAUGUCUUUGAACCAUUCUGUUAACACGCUUUUAUGUUAUAAGAUACUACGUAAACACACAAACUACAUUCCAAGAAAAUACUCGUGUAAUUCCAAACUAUUAAAAUGGCUAACAGCUCGUAA